CGGUAUAAAAGGGAAUUUGAAACUACGCUACGCUGCCCUCAUUCAAACAGAAUAUCCAAAAUCGCACUACUUUCUUGCUCAAUAAUAAUAAUAAUAAUUCGUCUUCGUAGAUCUCCUGCAACACGCAUACGCCCCAAUUCCGCCCUCCCAAAUCACUUGUUUCUGGAUUUUGGGCGAAUCGUGAUGGAGAACACCAAUGAUAAGGCUGAUUCCGCCAACACCGCCGCUCAAGAAAACCCCAACAAUCACUGCAAUCCUAGCAACGACAAUGAUAACCCUCUCGGCGCCGACGUCACCGGGAAUCGCCCCCGGAGAACUCCCUUCACCGACCUCAGUCAAGUCGACGCCGAUCUUGCACUUGCUCGUACUCUACAAGAACAGGAAAGAGCUUAUAUGAUGUUGAGAAUGGGAGGCGAUGGUGGCAGUGAUUAUGGAAGUUGGGAAGCUGAGAGUUAUGAGCAUGGCGAUGACUUUGAUGGUGCCAGUGAAGAGGAUUACGAUGAGUCAGAUGUUGAGGUGGACAAUGCCGAAGGACAUGUAUUUGACAUGCAUGCUCAUGCUGCAGGAGAAGAUGAUGAUGACCAAGAUGUUGAAUAUGAUCCAUUUGCAUUUCCUGAUGAUGAGGAAUUUGCGAGAACCUUGCAGGCUUCCGAAGAACUAUUGUUGGCCCUAGCAGUGUUAAAUGAAAGUGAAUAUGAAGAUGAAGAGGAUCAUGGUGGUAAUUCUCAGGAUGCAUGGGAGGAGGUUGAUCCUGAUGAACUAUCAUAUGAGGAGUUGCUUGCCCUGGGUGAAGUAGUUGGAACAGAAAGCAGGGGACUUUCUGCAGAGACAAUUGCUUCCUUGCCAUCAGUCAACUAUAAAUCACAAGGCAACCAGGAAGGAAUCAGUGAUUCCUGUGUUAUAUGUAGGUUGGACUUUGAAGAUGAUGAUGCCUUGAUACUUCUUUCUUGUAAACACUCCUACCAUUCAGAGUGCAUUAACAAUUGGCUACAAAUAAACAAGGUCUGUCCAUUAUGCAGCGCUGAAGUCUCCACUUCACGGAGAAGCUAACGGAGAAUAGAACGAUGGAGUUUGCAAAGAUGGGAGCAGUAUGGGAAGAAUGAAGAUAUUAUGCAAAAAGGUGGAAGCACAUAAUUGAUAGGUUUUUCCAUCUUGCUAUACUGUAGUAGUACUAAAUUUAUGUUUGAGGCCUAGUUUCUUUCCUUAACCCAAUAUAUAUGAUUACUGAAUUUCGAAUUCUCAAUUUUAUUUACCAGUUUUCCCAGUC